UCGAAAGUAGCAAAUGAGUGCGGUCUUAGCAUCACACAAGCUCAUCUAAAAAGAUUUGAUUGCAAGAAAAUGUUAUCGAUCAUUCUGUUAUUACGUAUUCUUGAUUUCUGCUAUGCACAGGAACAACUCUUCGUCUACCCAAACAUUGUGGAGGAACGUACAACAACAAAAACUUUGGUGUUACGUCUAAAUGACGAGCUCAUACUCAAUCUCGAAAGAAGCUUUGUCAUGGCGGAUAACCUACUUUUUGUUACAAGAAGUUCGACUGGACAUCACCAUAAAAUAAUCGACACGACUCGCAUUCAAGAGAACCUAUAUCAUGACUCGCAUCAGCAGUCAUCAUUAUACGUAAUUCGUAAGGAUGGAUCACUACAAGUGGAGGGCAUCAUCAAUAGUAAGCUGAGAAUAAAACCUCUACUACAAAGUGAGCGUUCAUCAGAAGGACAAGUCCUUCACAGCAUAUAUGAAGCUGAAGAGAUCAGGAGAGACCUUAAAAAGGUUAUGUAUCAACACUCUGUGUCGGGGACGCCACAAAACUGGAUGCACACCUUCCAAUAUCCGACGACUAGAGCCCCGAGGCACGUACCAAAAUUCGUAGCGGAGCUUCACAUCAUUUCCGACGAGGGGCACCAGGCGUCGUUCAGAAGAGAGCAAGACUUGAUCGUGUACCUUGCAGUCAUGCUGAACGCGGUAAACAGAAUAUUUAUUGAUAUGAGAGACCCUAGCAUUUCAUUCAAGCUUGUUGGGAUUACCAGAAGUACGAACGACAGUUUUGCUAGCCAUAUUUUAGGCACUAGGGAGGCUUUCGAAACGUUGGAGCGACUGGUAAAUUAUACAAGAGAUCACAAUAUUCUCGAAAGGUCUGACCUCGUUUACCUCAUCACCAGUGGAGACCUGGCGAGACUUCGUAAUGAAACGACACUUGACAAGGGUGUGGCAGGACUCGCAUACGUCGGCACCGUGUGCACCCACAGUGCAGUCGCUGAGGGCGAAGACAUCGCCAAGUCCUACGCGGGCGUCCACACUAUGGCUCACGAGCUCGCCCACUCAUUGGGAGCAAAGCAUGACCCUCAGGACAAUUCUGGGUGUUCGUGGUCUAAAGGCUUUCUGAUGAGCUACGAGGACAAGGGAAGUACCAAGUUCCGACUUUCAACGUGCAGUCAACAAAAUAUAACAAACGUCGUGCAAAGACUCUCGGACGAAUGCCUAAAUGAAACAGCAAGCAAAAUACAAAACGUCAGUGACACGCAAAUGCCUGGCGAUAUGAUUGUAAGACAUUAUUACUGCAGACGAAUUCUUGGAGAAAACUCCCGAGGAUAUUUCCGAUUUGCAAAGGAUCCUCAGAACGAGUGUAAAUUGCAGUGUUAUUAUCACAAACAAAAUGGAACGUACACUCAAACAUGGUACAUGACUGUUGAUAUGCCAGAAGGAAUGUGGUGCGGCGGUGAAAAGCGUCGUGAAUACUCUCGCCGGUUUGUUUUUAAUUCUGGGCAAUUUCCACACGCACUUGAGACGAGACCGAGAUUCAUUAGCGCAGGCUGUGGCUUCACGUAUAUUCGUUAUUACAUUUCACUGUGCGAUUUCUUGAUUUAUUAUUUGUCAGACUUCCACGCUGCGGGACCUGUAUCGCAAAGAAGACUACCUGAAGAAUUCGUUGUGGAGGUUACUAUAAUAUCAGACCAACAGCACCAAUCCCACUAUCAAACAGACGAGGAGUUGAUCACCUAUUUGGCGGUGAUGAUGAACGCUGUAAAUCUCCGGUACCAUAGCAUCAUCAACCCUCGAAUUCGAUUCAGGCUCGUAGGGGUUACCAGGAGCUUGAUGGAUGAAUUUGCUAAGUACAUCGACGGUGGGUACUUGGAAGCUUACGGCACCAUUGAAGGGUUGACGCGGUACCUAAUACAAGGGAAUAUUCCAGAGCAAACUGACGUGGUGUACCUAAUUACCGAUCGAGACCUGGUGAAUGGCAAAAAUGGCCAAGCAGUUGAGCAAAAGAUGACAGGUCUUUCAUACGUCGGGGGAGUGUGCACAAGAGAAAGAGUUGCGAUGGGAGAGGAUAUUGCUCUGUCAUACAGGGGUGUCUUUACGAUGGCACACGAGCUCGGCCACACGCUGGGCGCACAACACGACAAGGUCGGGCACCUAGAAUGUCCGUGGUCCGCCGGAAGCCUCAUGAGUUACGUGGACGGCGGGACAAACAGGUACCAGCUCACUUCCUGCAGCAAGAGACAAAUACGAAAUGUUGUCGGGAAACUGCCACCAUGGUGCAUAAUGGAAACGUCGAGAAGAAACAUGAUGGGGCAUCCAGGCACCUUACCGGGCCAUAUGAUAAACGCGGAUACAUUCUGCAAGCUGUUCUUAAGCAGAAAAACAGACGCACAACAACAGUACACCAAAAUGACCCAUGAGCACAGCAGAAGAUGCAAGAUGCAAUGCUGCUACGUAACAGGUCGUCUAACAUGGUGCUACGAAGUCGACAUAUUGGAUGGCAUGUCAUGCGGUGGAGAACGAACAUGCAUAAAAGGGGCCUGCAGGAGUCGGCACCCAUGGCCAUGAAUCGCAGCAUUCAAGACUACAAGGAUUAUGGAGACGAGUAGACGAAGGGAGACGAAACCCAUACCUCAAGAGUGGUUUGCGUUAAUGUCCUGGUUUUUUUUCUUUUGUACUAAUUUUAACUGAAAACGCACAGCUGCAGCUGCACUAUACGUGUUUCAUUUCGGCAUUUGACCAUUUCAUGCUAAAACACCUCAAUUAAAACAAAUUAAAGCAAAAAUAGAA